ACCUUCAAUGGAAAAAUGACUUCCUCGAUAUCAGAUGGCCUUUUUCUAUUAAAGACCAUCUUAAGAUUCAGUAUCAAAACCCAAAAGAUUCUGAAAGGCUGAAAUAUUGUAUAAAUUAUACCCACUGUCAAGGUUUUGGAUCAGAUGGCAAAAUUGAAGAUAUAUUUGAUGAUGUCAGAUACUAA